UAUUGGUUGUUGUUGUGGUCGACAGCGUGGAUCACGGCUAUGGCGCCCAGAGUGGAGCACGGCUAUGGCGGCCAGGUGGUUGUGGUCCUGGUUGUUGUUGUGCAGGUUGACAGCGUGGAUCACGGCUAUGGUGCCCAGGUCGACAGCGUGGAUCACGGCUAUGGCGCCCAGGUCGCCAACGUGAAUCACGGCUAUGGCGCCCAAGUCGACAGCGUGGAGCACGGCUAUGGCGCCCAGGUGGUUGUGGUUCUGGUUGUUGUUGCGGUGGUUGUUGUUGUUGUUGUUGUUGUUGUUGCUGUUGUUGUUGUUGUUGUGCAGGUCGACAACGUCGAUCACGGCUAUGGUGCCCAGGUUGCUGUUGUUGUACUGGUCGUUAGCGUGGAUCACGGCUAUGGCGCCCAGGUCGAUAGCAUGGAGCACGGCUAUGGCGCCCAGGUGGUUGUGGUUCUGGUUCUUGUUGUGGUUGUUCCUGUUGUUGUUGUUUUUGUGCAGGUCGAAAGCGUGGAUCAUAGCUAUAGCGCCCAGGUCGACAGCAUGGAGCACGGUUAUGUCGCCCAUAUGGUUGUGGUUCUGGUUGUUGUUGUGUUUGUUGCUGUUGUUGUUGUUGUUAUGCAGGUCGAGCGCGUGGAUCACGGCUAUGGCGCCCAGGUCGGCAGCGUGGAUCACGGCUAUGGUGCCCAGGUCAACAGCGUGGAGCACGACUAUGGCGCCCAGGUGGUUGUGGUUCAGGUUGUUGUUGUCGUUGUUGCUGUUGUUGUUGUUGUUGUGCAGGUCGACAGCGUGGAUCAUGGCUAUGGCGCCCAGGUCGGCAGCGUGGAUCACGGCUAUGGUGCCAAGGUCGACAGCGUGGAGCACGGCUAUGGCGCCCAGGUGGUUGUUGUUUUGGUUGUUGUUGUGGUUGUUGCUGUUGUCGUUGUUGUUGUACAGGUCGACAGCGUGGAUCAGGGCUAUGGCGCCCAGGUCAACAGCGUGGAGCACGGCUAUGGCGCCCAGGUGGUUGUGGUUCUGGUUGUUGUUGUGGUUGUUGCUGUUGUUGUUGUUGUUGUGCAGGUCUACAGCUUGGAUGACGGCUAUGCCGCCCAGGUCGACAGCGUGGAGCACGGCUAUGGCGCCCAGGUGGUUGUAGUUCUGGUUGUUGUUGUGGUUGUUGUUGUUGUCGUUGUUGUUGUGCAGGUCGACAGCCUGGAUCACGGCUAUGGCGCCCAGGUCGACAGCAUGGAGCACGGCUAUGGCGCCCAGGUGGUUGUGGUUCUGGUUGUUGUUGUGUUUGUUGCUGCUGUUGUUGUUGUUGUGCAGGUCGAGCGCGUCGAUCACGGCUAUGGCGCCCAGGUCGAUAGCGUGGAGCACGGCUAUGGCGCCCAGGUGGUUGUGGUUCUGGUUGUUGUUGUGGUUGUCGCUGUUGUUGUUGUUGUUGUUGUGCAGGUCGACAGCAUGGAUGACGGCUAUGGCGCCCAGGUCGACAGCGUGGAUCACGGCUGUGGUGCCAAGGUCAACAGCGUGGAGCACAGCUAUGGCCCCCAGGUGGUUGUGGUUCUGGUUGUUGUUGUGGUUGUUGCUGUUGUUGUUGUUGUUGUGCAGAUCGACUGCAUGGAUCACGGCUAUGGCGCCCAGGUCGACAGCGUGGAGCACGGCUAUGGCGCCCAGGUGGUUGUGGUUCUGGUUGUUGUUGUGGUUGUUUCUGUUGUCCUUGUUGUUGUGCAGGUCGACAGCGUGGAUCACGGCUACGGCGCCCAGGUCGACAGCGUGGAGCACGGCUAUGGCGCCCAGGUGGUUGUGGUUCUGGUUGUUGUUGUGGUUGUUGCUUUUGUUGUUCUUGUUGGUGUUGUGCAGGUCGACAGCGUGGAGCACGGCUAUGGCGCCCAAGUGGUUGUGGUUCUGGUUGUUGUUGUGGUUGUUCCUGUUGUUGUUGUUGUUGUGCAGGUCGAAAGCGUGGAUCACGGCUAUGGCGCUAAGGUAAGCGACGCAGGUCGACAGCGUGGAGCACGGCUAUGGCGUCUAGGUGGUUGUGGUUCUGGUUGUUGUUGUGCUGUUGUUGUAUUUGUUGUGCUGGUAGACAGCGUGGAUCACGGCUAUGGCGCCCAGGUCGACAAAAUGGAUCACGGCUAUAGCGCCCAGGUCGACAGCCUGGUGCACGGCUAUGGCGCCCAGGUGGUUGUGGUUCUGGUUGUUGUUGUGUUUGUUGCUGCUGUUGAUGUUGUUGUGCAGGUCAACAGCAUUGAUCACGGCUAUGGCGCCCAGGUCGACAGCGUGGAUCACGGCUAUGGCGCCCAGGUCGACAGCGUGGAUCACGGCUAUGGUGCCCAGGUCGACAGCGUGGAGCACGCCUAUGGCGCCCAGGUGGUUGUGGUUCUGGUUGUUGUUGUGGUUGUUGCUAUUGUUGUUGUUGUUGUUGUGCAGGUCGACAGCGUGGAUCACGGCUAUGGCGCCCAGGUCGACAGCGUGGAGCACGGCUAUGGCGUCGAGGUCGUUGUGGUUCUGGUUGUUGUUGUGGUUGUUGCUGUUGUUGUUGUUGUUCUGCAGGUCGACAGCGUGGAUCACGACUAUGGUGCCCAGGUCAACAGCGUGGAGCACGGCUAUGGCGCCCAGGUGGUUGUGGUUCGGGUUGUUGUGGUGGUUGUUGUUGUUGUUGUUGUUGUUGUGCAGGUCGACAGCGUGGAUCACGGCUAUGGCGCCCAGGUCGACAGUGUGGAGCACGGCUAUGGCGCCCAGGUGGUUGUGGUUCUGGUUGUUGUUGUGGUUGUUGCUGUACUCGUUGUUGUUGUGCAGGUCGACAACGUGGAUCAAGGCUAUGGCGCCCAGCAGGCGAAGUUAAAAGCUAUCGCAGAUGAGCAGGCGACGAAGAUGAAAGAGAUAGAGGAGGAGAUGGAGAGGAAGAAGGCUGCUGAAGAAGAAGCGGCAGCAGAAGAGGAAAAGGAAAGAAUGAGAAUUGAGAGUGGAGAGGGGAGCAGUGGUGGCACGAUGAAGAGGGACACAGAUGUAGAGAUUGAGAAGAAGAUCAGUGAGUGGGUUGCUAAUUUAUCGUUGGGAAAAGAUGAGGAGGCGGAGUCAUAUGUGAUUGAGGACGAGAAGGCCGCACUCGCCGCUGAGCUAGCAGCCAUGACGGACCCCAUGGAACGAAGAGAGAGGGAAGACGAGCAAAAGUUACAAUGGAAGUUGAGAAUGAAGAGGGAGAAGAGGAGGAGGAGAGAAGAAGUGAAUAAGAUGACCGCAGCGGUGGCAAAGGUGCAGGAGUGUAGGGCGGAGGUGCUGGCCCAGCCAGAUGAUAAGGCCAAGUGGGAUAAGGUAUUGGGCUACCUAGAGGUAUUGAGCAAGACCUGGAUGGAGGAGCGUCAGGCCAGAUGGAGCCAGAAUGUAGCCCUGAGUGCUAUGCGGUCUGGGUUCAGGGAUUUUGCGCGCGAGAUCGUCACCCACAUUGGAGGCGAAGUGAAACAGUUGAGGGACAACGUAGGAAAGUUUUGUGAGAACGCCAUCGAGGGUGCCAAAGCCAUAGCUGCUGUAGAGGGUGAGAGCAGGCCCCGUAAAGAGCCUGUCAAGCUCAAGUUCCCAGACGCGAAGUUCGUGAGGAACUUCUCCACUAUCACCGCUCCCUUGUGCAAGUUGCUGAAGAAAGAGGCAAUCUGGAAAUGGGACAAAGAUUGUACGUCUGCGCUCAAGAAGUUAAAGAGCGCGUUAAUAGAGUACCCUGUCCUCAAAGUUGCAGAUCCGUCUUUGCCAUUCGUCGUCACCACGGACGCGAGUCAGUAUGGGAUAGGCGCCGUGUUGCACCAAGAUGACGACAAUGGCUAUAGACCCGUAGAGUUCAUGUCAGCGAGGAUGCCCUGUGAGAAGGUCGCUACCUCCACAUACGAGAGAGAACUYUACGCUCUUAGGCAGGCUUUAGAUCAUUGGAAGCACUAUCUGCUUGGGAGGCACUUCAAAGUUUAUUCUGACCACGAGACACUUCGUUGGUUGAAGACACAGGCCAAGAUGACACCUAAGUUAACUAGGUGGGCCGCAGAAAUAGACCAAUAUGACUUUGAGCUUAAGCCAGUAAAGGGCAAGUAUAACGUAGUUGCGGAUGCUCUGAGUAGGAGAUCAGACUGCUUUGGAGCUGUAGUACACUAUCUGGAUAUAGGGAAAGACCUGCAAGAAAAAGUGAAGCAAGCGUAUGCACAAGACCCUAUCUAUAGCGACCUCCUAAAGAGAGUUAGAGAGGCCCCAGAGACUGAACCAGAUUACCGCACUACAGACGAGUUACUGUUUGAGAAGACUAAUGUGUUCGACCGCCUGUGCGUUCCCAAUAGCGAAGAGAUCCGCAGUUUGAUUUUAGGGGAAUGCCACGAUACURAAGGGCAUUUCGGAUGGCAAAAGACAUUAGCCAACCUGAUGUGUGCGUAUACCUAGCCAGGGAUGAAGAAUGACUGCAUAGAGUAUGUCCGCAAUUGU